AUGCCUGCAACCCCACAUAUUAUCCUGCUUCUGGGUGCUACCCUGCAGCAACGCGAUGCAGCCACGGUUCUGAUCGACGUGUACGGACCAUUGCAAAUUAUUCAGGAUGAGGAGAUUGAUCUGGAGGAUAGUCUGAACCAAGCCAUGAACGAUGCCAUCGCCCCUAGGCGUGGAAACGAGACUCAACUAGGUAUCCCGGUCUUUGUCAAUGCUGGGACAUCGGAAGUCCUUUAUGAUGCCAUCAUGAAAUUUGCUGAGAGCCUGAGGAAGAAUGGUAAUGAGGUUGAAGUGCUCGAAACUCCUAACGCAGCCAAUGUUCCUUAUCGGCUGGGUAAGAAUUGGAACCUGGAAGACGCUCAGGCUAUUUGCUUGGCGACUAUGACGAAAUUUCUCGAGAAAACCGGUAUUUGA